AUGGCGGAAGGACUCAGAAAACCUACCCCUUUGUCAUUCGAAGGAAACGUAGAACAGAACUGGAAAACUUUCGUGCGUGAGUACGAUAUAUAUGUUGGAGCUUGCUAUAGCGAGAAAACGCCAAAGCAAAAAGCGUACAUGCUAUUAAAUCUCGCCGGUAGCGAUGCUAUCGAAAAAUUUGAAUCAUUUACAUUCAAUGACGAUGAAGACAAAGAAGAUCCAGACAUUUUAAAGGCCAAGUUCAGUGAGAUUUGUAAUCCCAGAACUAACGUUAUACUUGAACGAUACAGAUUUAAUUUACGCGCGCAACAAGAUGGCGAGCGAUUUCAGUCAUUUUUAGCUGACCUGAAACACAAAAUCAAAAGCUGCAACUAUGGUAACCUUGAGGAAGACAUGUUACGAGACAGAAUAGUCAUCGGUAUAAAACAUGAGAAUACCAGAAAGGUGUUGUUGAGAGAGAAUAACCUCACACUUACAAAAGCGGUGCACAUUUGUCAAAUUCACGAGUGCUCCGAGGUCGACGCCAAGCAAAUGCAACAGCAGAAUCCAGUGACAGUGCAUCUAGUCAACAAAAAGAAGGCACAGAAGCCACGACAGACUUUUAGCCAUGGCAGAUCACAAGCAAGUGAGACGGCCAAAUGCAGAAACUGCAGCAGUAGUCACGCCAAAGGAAAGUGCCCAGCUUAUGGUAAAAGUUGCCACAAGUGCGGUAAGCUCAAUCAUUUCCAAGUUGCAUGUAGAAGCCAGUCACAGAAAAGUAAAUCACCCCGUACACACAAGGUCAUUAGAGAAGUUAACACUGACUCUUGCAGUGACACUGAAGCAGAUUUACUUGUAAUUGACUCAGUGCAUAGCCCACACGCAGCAAAGAAAGACUUACAUGUAAAGUUUCUAGUCCAUGAUGUGAGCACAGAAGUCAAAGUUGACACAGGAGCUAAAUGCAAUGUAAUGAGCCUAGCAACGUUUGAUAUGCUUCGAGGCAGAGAAAGCAUCAACACAGCAGACAAAAUGAAACUUAUUGGCUUUACUGGAGAUGCCAUAACUCCAGUGGGAAGUGCCAUUUUACCCUGUGAACUUAGAGGUGAAACACAUGACAUUAAAUUCAAUGUCAUUGAUGCCAAUGUCCAGACAUUAUUAGGACUACCAGACUGUAUGAAGCUGAAGCUGUUACAACUGGGAGAAAGUGUGUACAGCGUGAACACCACACCAGACAUGUUUGCAGAAUUCCCAGAUAUUUUUGACCAAAGGUUGGGACAACUACCUGUGAAGUACAAGAUUACAGUUGACUCCCAAGUGACACCAGUAGUCAGGCCAGUACGCAAGCUACCUGUUGCUGUUAAAGACAAGGUCAAGCAGGAACUAAGAAGAAUGGAAAGCCAAGGAAUCAUAGCCAAGGUGACCAAACCUACAGAUUGGGUUUCAGCAAUGGUGGUAACCACGAAGAAAAACACGGACACAAUAAGGAUAUGCAUUGAUCCAGGUGACCUUAACAAGGCAAUCAAGCGUCCCAGGUACCCCAUGAGAACCGUGGAUGAAAUCAUAAGUGAUAUGCCCAAUGCGCAUUACUUCACUGUUUUAGAUGCCAAGCAAGCCUUUUUACUGCAUUCCAUUAGAAGAAGAAUCUUCUUACCUGACCACAUUUGGUACACCAUUCGGUCGCUACAGAUACCUACGACUGCCAAUGGGAAUCAGCUCAGCAUCAGAAGUAUACCAGCAAGCCAUAGAAAACUUGAUGAACGGGCUGCCAUGUAA